AUGGCGACUACUAAAGACCAAGUCUUGUUCACGGACACCUUCCUGGCUCUCAAGAAGGCAGUUAAGCGAAAGGCUUAUGAAUCCGAUUCGGACUCCUCAAUCGACCAGCCCACCAAUCGCGGGAACAAGCUCAAGAAGAAGGCCAGACUAGUUCGUGAAGGACAAUUGAAUGCUCCUUCGGGCGCGUCUGAUAUGAGAGAGAUUGUCGACCACUCCGGCUACCAGCGCGCAAUCCUCGAGCGAAAUCCUCCCCUUAUCGACGACGAUGGCUAUGAGUUGGAGAGUGGCGAUGACGAGGAACAUGUCCGAGAGGUCAUGGCCUCUGUCGCUGAACUCAACCCGUAUGCCAGCAUACGUCUAGAGAACAUUCUUGCUCCAUUAACCGCAGUCACCGACCUACCCACACACCCCACCAUGUCCAGGGUCUUUACUUCCGAAGCUUUGGACGAACUCUGCAUCCAGGCCCGGAACUGGAUGCACCGUGAAAAUGCUGCUCUGUGGAAAGUUCGGCCAUUACUUACAAGACUCUGUGGCGACCAUACUUGGAUACCGUGCGAGGCACUGGAGACGCCUAAUGACAUCAGCUAUUUCGAGGACGAAAAUGCGUCGAAUCCGCCUUCGGUGCUGAUCAAUGGUACAUCAAAUGUCGAGGCACCGUUACCGCAAGGAUCCGGCGUCAAUGGAACCAGCCAUGCAGGCGGCUCAACAGAGAUGCCUGAAAAGACCAAGCAGUCGGAGCUAACGCCAACUGUUGAAAGCGAAAAUAAGCCCAAUGCCGAAGGGGACACAAGCAUGGUGGACGCUGGUAACUCAGAUGAUCAGUCAAAGGAGGCCAAGACAGACGCUCAAGGUCACAAUGAAGAUUCCGCCGCUGAUGCCGACAAUAAGAAGACAGACAACGGUUCCGAGAAGAAGGAAUCGCUGAAUGGAGGAGACCACGAGGGUGCGGAAGAUCCCGAUGUCACCAUGACUAGCGACGAUGCUGCAGUCAAGAAUGAUUCGGGCAAAUCGGAGGUCGUCAGCGGAGAUACUGCCGGCGACGUACCCGCCGGGUCGCUCUCCCCAGGAGCAUCCGAGGCCGUCUCAAUCCACCCCCUUUUCCUAGCCCCACGAUCAGCACAUCCCGAGCGAGAUGCCGGUCUUCCAGAGCAAGAAGCCGAAGAUGUGCGGCGGCUGGUUCAGCUCUGGGUUCAAAAACAGGAGGAAGUUGCACGGGGUGCCAAGAAUCUGUACGAAGGUCUCCUCAGAGCAGACCGAUUGCGCAAGACGGUGCUACGGUGGGCCAAGGCCGAGGCACACUGUGGUCCUAAUGAGGACAUGUCUGACGGCGAGGACUGGUAUGACAAAGAGGAGUGGGGCCUGACCGAGGACCUUAAGAAGGGCCAUGAUGAGGAGGAAGAAGAUAUCCAGCUGCCGCCCAAGAAGACGAGGACUAGGAGACAAUAA